AUGCUGAACACUGCCAGCUGGGACCCGCUGCACGUUGCCAACUAUGUGGCUGAAUAUCUGGACUUGGUUGAAUCGCUGCCGUUCGACCUACAAAGAAACGUGUCCCUCAUGAGAGAGAUCGACUCGAAAUAUCAAGAAAUCCUUAAAGAGCUUGAUGAGGCGUACCAGAAGCACAGCCAAGAGGAGGACCCAAUCCAGCGGAGGCGCCUUCUGCACUGCAUCCAGCGAGCCUUGAUCCGAAGCCAGGAGUUGGGCGACGAGAAGAUCCAGCUGGCAAGCCAGAUGGUAGAAUUGGUAGAGAACCGCAGCCGGCAAGUGGAUGGUUUCGCCGAGCUCCUGGAAGCCCAAAACGAGCCUCACGAUAAUGCACCAGCUGCUUCCAUGACCACAAUCGUGCCUGGAAAGAAGCGAGAGGAGGAAAAGCGCAGAGAAGAGACCAUAGGUUUGGUCGAUCGUUUGGCAGGCAGCAACAAGCGCUCAAGGCGGCAGAAGGUCAACAGCAAUGAGAACCGUGAGAACGCUUCUGCCAGUCACCAUGAUGAAGUGGUCAGCAUCACGGGCAGGGAGAAGAGAGCCAAGACAUCGAAGAAGAAGAAGAGGUCCAAAGCCAAGCAGGAGAGAGAGGCAUCGCCAGCUGACCUGCCAAUUGACCCCAACGAGCCCACCUACUGUCUCUGCGAGCAGGUGUCUUAUGGGGAGAUGAUAGGUUGCGACAAUGACGAAUGUCCCAUCGAGUGGUUCCAUUUCUCAUGUGUUGGGCUCAAUCAUAAGCCCAAAGGGAAGUGGUAUUGCCCUAAAUGCAGGGGGGACACAGAGAAAACUAUGGACAAAGCCUUGGAAAAAUCCAAAAAGGAGAGGGCCUAUAACAGGUAGCUGCCUUCCUGAUGAACUGCACAGCAAUGUUAAUAUUUAUAUUUAUUUGUUAUAUAUAAAUCUAUAAAUCUAUUUGUUUAACACUAGAAGGAUUCACUUCAUUGUUUCAUAUACAUGUCCGUUUGUCACCUCAGUACAAAGUUUUAUGUGAGUGUUGUCACCUAGCAAAGUAGCACUAAAGGGCUUAAACUCAGCCUUUUGAGUUGAACGAUAUGAGAUGUGCCAGCGACACUCUCAAAGAUGUAUUUCAUUUGAAUGUGAAUGUCAGAUUUGUGAGUAUGUGUCCAACUAUAGUUAGACAAGCAGUAUGAUUGACAGAAGUAUUGUUUUGUGAAGGCACUUGCAGCAUGUGGCUGUCGUUUGUUAAAUAUUUGAACAGAGCUGUCCUCAUGUCCACUAAUAAAAA